AUGACUAGUUCGGGAGAUCUUCAAGAUUUACUCAUGUGCAUACCAUCCUUAUUUAGUGGAAUAACUCGGACAACUCAUUCUCAGUUAGACAUAUUAGAUCAUGUGAAGUUUAAGAAGUUAGAAGGAUUGAAGGACGUUGAAUCUGUAUUUGUUUUGGUAUUACAGACAGCUUUAAUGGCGACAGUUCCAUCUUAUAGUAACCAUGAUGUUGAUUUAUGUCUCCAAAAAUUUGGCGAGGGUAUCGAGCCAAGCCCGUUACUGAUAAGCCAAGAGGUUGCCGAUGCAUCGCCCUUCCCAAUAGAGACAAUAGUGAACGAUAAAAGGUUUCAAAUUUCCAUACAACUACUCAAAUACAAGUUGGACGAUGAGAAAGGUUGGCAGUCCAACGUAGAAUGCAGAGAUGACAACGUUAUAUCAUGGAUCAGUUCGAUCCUUGAACCAACGAUAUCCGCAUCUAUUAGGCAUUUGACCAAGACGAGUGCCAUUCCAGAAACGGUACUCUUCGAUCUCUUGCUUAGGAAGCCUUCCAAUGAAUUAGAAUAUAUGUCUUUGUUUGAGAUUUAUUGCAAAUGGUCGGAAGGAGUUAACUUGAAGGAUCAGGAGAAGUUGUACUACCUCAAGCAGUUUGAGAAUUUCUCCGGAGAAACUUACAAGAACCGGAAUCUUAUUAUUCCUCCAGCAUUUGCCAAUCUCUUUGACUACGCUUUGCGUUAUAAGCUGGAGACUCUUCCCAGAUUGGUACAAUCUUUUCUAGACGAGAACAACACCAAGUCACCUCAGAUCUUGGACCAAGUUAGUGAGCUUAUAUGGAAGCUUUGCUAUGAUCAUUCUGGCAAAAAUACUUCAAGACCAUCCCGAUUUUACAAAAUAUCACAGUCAAGGAUUAUCAAGGUGAUCAAUAGACUUAUUUCUGAAAAUGAGAACUUUGACAUCAACGUAACAACCCUUCUUGGCGUGUCAAACUUGACCUUCUAUACUGAUUUUCGCAAAUCAUUCACUCUAUUUAAGGAAGCUAAGAAACGGUUUGAUAGAUGGCAGCUUGAAAGUUUUGAUAUUGAUGGUUUUGAAAAGAUUGUUUCCACUGUUGGUGGUGAUAUCUUCCCUAAGUCUGGCACUUGGAGUUUCGAAGAAGUUCGUAUCAUCAGAAAGGACUAUAACAUCAAGUUUCUUUGCAAUUCAAUUCUUCUACUAGCCGUGAACUCCAAAAAUCGUAAUCUGGUCUAUAGAGAGUUUUUCAAUGUUUUGAAAAAUUCUGAUGCUGAGCUACUUUGCCAGUACCCUGAACUGUGGAAUUUUGUGCUGAUCAAGCUGAACCACCAUUCCAUGUUGAAUGACGUUACUUGUAAAGAGCUAUUUGAAUUGUAUCUUCAGAAGUAUGAUGGCCAUAUAAGAAACCAUGUUGCGCUGGAUCUCAUUCUCAACAAUAUUGACCAUCCUAAGCUCUUUUUUGAUAUUAUUCGCAAGCUUGACUUUAGAGAAUUUGAUGACUUGAACUUAAGCCGAUGUAUAUCCAAACUAUACAAAAUGGCCAAAAUCAUUGGGGAAUCAGAUGAGGGAGAUGUCUCCUUGCGUUCACACGAGGACCCACUGACGUACCCGCUGGGUACUGAUUACGACAGUUCGUUUUAUCAGCUAAUAGAUCAUUACACUGACGUCGUCAAACCUUCCAAAUCGAAGAAAAAGAGAGUGUGUGAUAAUUAUCGAUUGGAGAAAUUCGAUAUUAUGGGAUUCAAAACCCCUAUAGACCUUGCUAGAUAUUUGUAUGAUAGUGCCAAGUUCAAGUCAAGCAAGUUAAACUCAAGCUAUCUUCUGGGAGAAUCCAUAGUGACUCCAGCCGAUACUUAUGAAAGAUACAUGAAGAUGGAUGCUUGUACUAAGCUCACACCAGUGACAAUUUCAUCUUUAUUUGUUUCUGUGUUGAGAUUACGGGAGAUGUCAUCAUACAGUUCCACAAAAUGGAUAUCUCCAGUAGAGGAGAGAGUUGCAAAGCAUCAGAUAAUGAGUAAGAUGGCAAAAGGAGAAGAAGACGACAAUGAUGAAAUAGAACUAUCCUCGAAACCAAUAGAUGUCGCUCUUAGAGAAUUCGAUAGGCAUGUUUCCAGAUCCUAUGGUGACUUUGUCAAUGGCAAGGUGUACCCUGAUGACAACUUGCUUGCAGUUUACUUGAAAUCCGUCAGCGAAUUCAGAAAAAUGAGUAGAAUAUAUGAAUUUUUGGAUAAAAUGGUGGAUAUUCGAUACCCCAUGAAGCUUCUGGUUUUUCGGUUGUAUUUGGGCAUUAUUCCAGAGGCAGACAAGCAAGAAUUGUUAAAUUGCUUGAAUGGCUACCAUAAACGGUUUGAAACGUUGAGAAAAUGUCGCAGCGAGUAUGAAUUGAAGAUGGUUAAGAAGAACCUAGAACCAAUUACAGCUCGAGGUCGUUUUAAAGACUUUGUUUCCAAGUUCGAAUUCACAUGGGAUGUGAUCAGAAACUGGGAGUGGCCUGGUAAGUUCUAG